AUGGCUUCUUUUCAUUUUAACAACGUGAAAGCUGAGAAAGCCGAAGCUAUGAGUUGGCACAAUCGCCAGAAAAAGUUGAUAAGUUUUCGUUUCCUUCUAGAAGUUGUCGCGGCUUUGGCUUUGCUCUCAUGGUCCUCUUAUACUUACAUCCCCGUCGCCACUGAGAUGGCCAAAGGUUUUCUCAGCCAACCCCUCGCUGUUUUUGAUCGGUCUUUGUUCGUUUUAAUGAUAAUCAACGUGCUCAUGCUACUUAUCUUUGUUUCCUCUUCCCAAACGCCGGAAAAAUCAGAUUUUUUCGACGAGUACGUCAACUUCACCACCAACGUCUCUCGCUGGAGCGUUCCCGCGGCCGAACAAUCUACAGAGCUGAAAGAAACAACUGUAUCUGACAAAGAAAUCGUUUGUGUGGAUAAUGCGGUGAAUUCUCAAGUCAAUAAAAAUGUUGUUCCUAAAUUUUCUGUUAGCGUGACGGACUCUGGACCGAAGGAAAAGCAUGUGAUUUCUCCAGUUCGGUGUAGUACGGUUGAUGCGGUGAGUGAGUCGAAGAGGCACAGAAGGAGUCGGUCGGAGCGUUUGGAACAAGAGAAGCAGAGGGAGCUGCGGAGAUCAAAGGCGGUGGUGAAGCGGGAAAUGGUAGCAGAAAAAAGUGAACCGCCAAGGCGGUCGAGUGCUAUGGAUGAUUUGAGCAGCGAAGAGUUUAGGCUGGCAAUAGAAACUUUUAUUGCUUCCAAGAAGAAAACUUUAAUUCGAGAGAACACUCUUGGUCUUAUGCUAGAAAGAAAUUAA